UGAGCAGCAGCAGCAGUAGCCACGACAGCCUGAACCAGCGUCGCUUUAACCUCACAAAUUCACCACCUCCUCUGUUACAAUUAUAAUUGGUCCGUCCACGUGACAAAUACCGCACUAUACUUGGAAAGAAUCGCAAGCGCGUGUUUUUUUUAAGAUGCCAACGAUCUCUGACAUCGUAACUUGAGAAAGUGUUCUUUGUGCGGUUAACAAAGGUCCAUUACUACGCUUUAACUCGAUUUUCGUCUGAACCAGUGACAUUUCGGUUACUGGCUCAACGACUCUGAGGAUGGACUCACAGUGAAGUCAUUCAGCAUCAACCUCAUCUUUCUCCAAAGCACACCAUUACUAAGCCCAUCCCCUAUUGACCAGUCCCCCCUCGCUUUAGGGACAGCGAGGAGUUGAUUGGAUGGACCUACCCUGGCCCACCUUCAAGAUGGACAGCUCCUCCUACCUGCCAGGUCCCCUGGCGUCCCCAGCCCUGAUGGUGCUGGCCUCCACAGCCAAGACAGGCCGUGAUGCCUCCGUCCCCUGCCAGGCCUCCGUCCCCUGCCAGGCCCCGAGGUCCUUCAGGGCCCCAAUCUUUGUGAAGGACUUCCCCUCCGGCUCCUACACAUUUGCCUCCAUGUACAACCGUCAGGGGCCUAUCUCCGGCCACGGCUCAUUCCCUGCCAGAGACUUCCCUGCCUCCCUGCUCCACCUCCAUCCUCAGUUCCAGUUUCACCCCAACAACCUGGACUGCCCUUCCCUGGGGAUGCUCAACCACAUUGGGGUAGGAGCCCUCCGACCCUUCUCCUCCCCGCCUGAAGAGAGGGAGACCAGGGGUUAUCAGUCAGCCUUCACCCCUGCUAAGAGGCUCAAGGGCUGCUACACAGAUUCUGAGGGGAAGGAGUAUGAUUUUGGAGGAGGGUGUUUCCUCUCUGGCUCACCGGGAUCACUCAAGGCUGCCGAGGAUUCUGGGAGGAAGUUGUUUACGGUGUCUGGGCUGCUGUCGGACAGAGAGGCCUCGUCUAGUCCUGAGGACCGUAAGAAACACUGUGAGUAUCCUCCUCUGUAUAUACUUCUCCAAGCAUAUCUAUAUGGGUGGUAAUAUAGUGGCAGUAAUACAGUGUGAUUUAAAGACACGCAGCAAAAUCCUAGCAGGA